AUGCCAGGUGUUAACCCGUCAUCCACCAGGACCGCCGCUGCCGACGAAGAUGGAACGGACCAUAUCGGCAUCGACACACCACGGUCCGGUGUAGCAACCCCUCAGCCCGAUCUUCACGACAAACGUCUACCGGGAAUCAUGAGCUAUUUUAGCCAGAGCGGCCCGCCCACUCCCACGAGAGCCCUAUCUGCCACUCACUCGCAAUCAGAUGGCAGAGAGACACCAGGCAGAAUCAGUAAUGAUGGAAUAGAAACAGCUAGCGGAACUCAAACCCCACGAACGACCGGCGUCCAGCCCCCCGCACCCAAAGGAAAGCUGACAAUCAAGAUCAAUGAGGCUCGCGGUUUACGGAAAUGUCGUGAUCCGUACGUCGUAGCAGUUUUUCAGCGAAGCGAGCUUAUUUCCGGGGGCCCCCGCCCCGUGGAAGAUGAAGAGGCACUGAGCAUUGCCCCGUCCGGCCUCGGUGGCAUUGCGAUACAACGCCAAGGCAGUGACUCUGGUCGACCACCAAUGGCUAUUCCGAUGAGAAGUCGACAAAGCAGUAAUACUAGCAUUCAUGACUACAACACGUUCCGCAAUCGCUCAAGUCGCUCGCCCUUGACGAAUCCGAAAUGGGAUGCCGAGGCAGUCUUUGACGUUGUCGACAUUGACAUGUUGGUCGACAUUUCUAUUUAUGACCAUACCGCUACGGGCGAGGUUUUCCUGGGCCAUGUCGAUUUCCAAGCUGGGAGAGAUAGUGACAACGCUGUCAGGGGGUGGUUCGCGCUACGCGGUCAUGCUGACACGGUCGCUGAGGAUGCGCCGUCUGGCGAAUUACAUGUCGAAGCAUUUUAUCAGAGAUCCGAAAAGAAGCACUUUGGUCCGAGCGAUUUCGAAAUUCUCAAACUGAUCGGCAAGGGAACCUUUGGUCAGGUUUACCAGGUGCGGAAGAGAGACACGCAGCGUAUCUACGCGAUGAAGGUGCUCCAGAAAAAGGUUAUUGUCCAGAAAAAGGAGGUGGCCCAUACUGUUGGAGAACGAAACAUCCUCGUGCGCACUGCGACGUCGGAUUCGCCCUUUAUCGUCGGGUUGAAAUUCUCCUUCCAGACACCUUCCGAGCUCUACUUGGUCACCGACUACAUGUCUGGCGGGGAGCUCUUCUGGCAUUUGCAAAAGGAAGGCCGCUUCGACGAGAGGCGGGCAAAAUUCUACAUUGCCGAGUUGAUUUUGGCGAUUCAGCAUCUGCACAACAACGACAUUGUCUACCGUGAUCUGAAACCUGAGAACAUAUUGCUCGACGCCAAUGGCCACAUUGCGCUGUGCGACUUUGGACUGUCAAAAGCGAAUCUGACAAAGAAUGACACGACAAACACGUUUUGCGGUACAACCGAGUAUCUCGCACCCGAGGUUCUGUUGGACGAGUCCGGAUACACCAAGAUGGUGGACUUUUGGUCGCUCGGGGUCCUGGUCUUUGAAAUGUGCUGCGGCUGGAGUCCAUUCUACGCGGAAGACACCCAGCAGAUGUAUAAGAACAUUGCCUUCGGAAAGGUCAGGUUCCCGCGCGAUACUCUGUCGCAGGAAGGCCGAAACUUCGUCAAGGGAUUGCUUAACAGAAACCCCAAGCAUAGGCUCGGCGCCACGGACGAUGCGGAGGAGCUCAUGAAGCAUGCUUUCUUUGGCGACAUCGACUGGGACCUGCUUGCCAAGAAGCUCAUCACGCCACCUUUCAAGCCCAAGCUGAAGUCGGAGACUGAUGUUUCUUAUUUUGACCCCGAGUUCACCACGGCGUUGGAGCAGAACGGAUCCCUCAAUGAGCGAGCAGCGGCACUCGCUCAUGGCUACGCCGCUUCCACGCCGCUCUCCCCCUCUGUGCAAGCAAACUUUCAAGGCUUCACGUUUGUCGACGAGAGUGCCCUGGACGAUCACAUGGGAGAUCGAUUCAGACACGACGACGAGGACAUGGACGACGCCCAAGCCAACGCUGAUGACGACGACGACGAGGACGACUGGGACCAUCUCCAUGACGCCGCCGACCCGCGCAAGGCGAAUCGCAUGAGUGGCAUCGUUAAAACGUCGAGUGCAGACGAGCACAUGGUCGGAGGUGCUCACUUUGAUGUGUGA